UUAAAUCCUUUCUUGGUCUCGUUGUUUCGUUCAGAGCAACUCUUGCUACCAGCCCAAGAAAUCGCGCUUGCCUGUUUUGCUGAAAGCCUCCAGAUCCCUGGGGAGCAUCUCCUUAAUGUCCCCGCUGUCCAGGCCAGACCAGGAUUGUGUCUUCACCCUGGACCAAGGCCCGAAGGGAAGGCAGUGGAGAGAAGAGGCCCAACAAAGUGAAGCCGAGGGACACGGGUCCCUCCGGAAGGAUGUACGAGAAGAAGACAAACAAGCAGAGACAGACAGGUCCAAACCGUCCUCUUCGCCAGAGCUUCGCUCCCCGCUCAGUGUCCCCGAGAAGCAGUAUGCGGACGCCGUGCCCGCAUCCCUGGGGGGCAAGAAGAGCGUUUCCUUUAAGCAGAGCUUGCUCAGCUUCGAAGCCUUUGACUGCGAGUCCGUGAGUGACAUCGAGGACCUGAGGCAAAGAAUCCGGGAUCUGAAAUCUGUGGUGGAGAAGUACCAGGUGCUGCUGAUUCACUUCAACCUGAUCGAACCGCCUCCUUCCGGAGACCCUUUGGAUCCCGUUGGGAGCGACGGCGAGAGUCCCACGUCUCCGGCAGGGAUAAAGGAGAGCGAGCCGGAAUUGGCCAGCUUCUCCAACGAAACGCAGCCGAAGGAAGGCGCCGAGGAUUUGUCCGGAUCCAGUCCCUCCAACAACCGGACCGUCCAGAAGCUCCGGGAGCUGUUGUCGGAAAACGAAGCCGAGCUUGAGAAAGAGCAGAUGGCCAACAUGAAGCUGGUGGAUGAAGUCCAUCGUCUGCACGACAAGCUCAAAAGCCUUGCGCCCCGGGAUGAGCCAGAUUUCUCGGUCGGCCUGUUGCUUCCCGAGGAGUCCCCCCAGCGCCAGAAAAUCCACGAGAGCCACAACAUUUGCGCCACCUACCGGCAACACCUGUCCAACUUGAUCCGAGCUUUCGAAGAUCUCCUGCGGGACAGCGAGGUGGAUUACUACAUAGCCGAGAGCUUUCGGGAGCAGCUCAACCAAAGCGCCCAGAUCUUCGAGAGGCUGGAGCACCAAUGCCUUUAUGGCGACUCAAUAGACGACGAAAUGACUAGACUUUGCAAUCUUGCCCAGAGCUUGUCUGACUUUGAGGUGUCCCAACGCCUGCCUUCUCCAGAAGGGCCCACUCAUGGAGAAGAAGAAGCGGAGAACGGAAAGGAGAAACCCACUGCCACCCUGAGCAAGUUUCCACCAGCUUCAGGCAUAGUGCUGCUAAUAUCAUCUACUGGGGCUGUGUUUGGUGUUUGCCAUGGAGACGGAGUCCUUCAGGCCAAGAACCAAUGUCACGAAGCCUGUGUGGCCAUCUACUGCAGCCUGAGGGAUAAGAGGCUGUCCCACUGGGUGGUGGUCUCUGUGGUGUCCAUGCUCUUCUGCUUAUUGAUAUACUCCCUGACAGGUUUGUACGGCUACUUAACAUUUGGAGCGGAUGUAGCAUCUGAUAUCCUCAUGUCCUACCCUGGAAAUGAUGUGAUGGUUAUUGUAGCCCGGCUGUUGUUUGGCAUCUCCAUUAUCACCAUCUACCCCAUUGUCCUUUUUCUAGGAAGGUCCGUCCUCCAAGAUGCGUGCCUUGGCUCCAAGCAGAGCUGCAUCCAGAGGGAGACCAGCGAGAGAUGUAUGCGAAUUUUGCUGACCACCGCCUGGGUGGUAGUCACCCUCAUCAUUGCCCUGUGUGUACCCGACAUCAGUGAGGUGGUCAGCGUCAUUGGAGGCAUUGGUGCCUUCUUCAUCUUCAUUUUCCCAGGUAGGUAAAUGUGCCUUUUCUCUCCUAGGAAUCAGAAAAGAAGAGUUUGA